CUCCCCCGCGCUCCUUUUUCGCCAUUGUAAAUACCAGACAAGCGAGAGUUGCAAAGGAGAUGGCGUCUCACGGGAGGAAGAGGAAGAACUACGAGGAUCGGGGCGACCGCAGUGACGUGUGCGACCGGCAGGAGCGGAAUGAGCGGAAUGAGCGGCACGAUCGGGGUGACCGCCUAGACCGCCAGGACCGCCACGACAGGGAAAUAAUUUACGACCAAAUAUACUCCACGCCCAGGAAGAACAAGCCGAGGUGCAUGGUCGUGUCAAACUACAAGGACAACUUGCUGAGCUACUUCGAGAGCAUCAUAAACGUCGAAAAUAAGGGAACCCAUUUCAGCAACAAAUGGUACAUCCAUUUUUACCGAGUCUGCCUGUAUAAUGAGAAGCUCUAUGCAGGUGGCUCCGCUUCGGCGGCCGAGGGGGGAGGAGCUCCAGGGAGUAAUGGAAAGAACAACACAAAUGUGAGUAAAAAAAAUAUCGACAAAUUGAUCAUCGAAUAUAACGUGGAGGAAGUCCUUCGGAAGGUGCAAACUUUAGUAGUGAGAAAAUUAGAUUGUGAAAAUUUGUACUAUCAAAAAAUUCUAGUAAUUGUGUGCCUCCUUUUUGACUUCUUCCAAAAUAAGAAGCACGUGAAUGUAAGGACGCUAAAACAUUUGGAAGGUGAGGAGGAAGAGGACGAGGGGGGGGAAGCGACAACCGGAAAGGAGGCAAAUACCCAGUUAGCAAAUGAACGUUCUGAAGGAGAUCACACAAAUGGGAAAAGAAAUUCUCGCACGAAGGAGUCAAAGAAAAGGUCCAGAACAACAUCCGUAGCGGCCAACUCGUCCAAUUACGGAGAUGACGAUUACGAUGAGGUAAUGAGCAAUCGAAGGGGCAGCAGCAAAUAUGAAGCUGAAAUGGAAGUAGAUGUGAGGAAGAAAAAACACCUCAGACAAAAGCAUUUCCAAAAUGAAAGUCAAAAAAAUUACUACAUCAUAGAAUUUAAAAACUUACUCUUUAAUGAAAAAAAAAAAUUUAACAAUAUAGAAAUAUUUUACCACAUCACAAACUUCAUCAUACACAAGUAUUGGUACUCAUCCGAAUUUGCAAGGUACAACGUUUUUGUUUGGUUUUUAAAUUACCUGAAUAAUAGGUUGGAGAUCAAAAAGAGUAUUAACAAGAUAAAUGAGCAGCUGGAAAUGUUCAUCAACCUGCAUCCCAAGAUUUUUAACAUUUCACAUGCCAAGAAGAGGAGGAAGAAAAACACCCACCAUAUGAGUGCCAGCAAUAGCAGCUAUCACAUGGCUGGCUUAGGACCCGGAGCGGUUGCCUCCACCUCCAACCACAAUAGCGGUGGUCAUCACUUUGAAAAUGGCGUCUUAGACUACCCGAACCUUAAAAAUAGGAACAGACAGCUGGGCGGGGGAUUUCCCGAUGCCACUAAUUUGGAUAACAAAAGCAAAUCUUCAAAUGGGGAAAAUAUUAACAAGGUUAACACGUUCAGUCAUUUUGUAAGUUCCACCAAUGUGGGUAGCACAGGUGGUAUUGGCGGCACCGGCUUUUUCGGUGCUCCGAGUGGCAGCGCUCCGAGUGGUGGUCUGCAAAUUUCCACCACGAACGUGACCGCGAGCGGAAGCAACAACAAUAGCAGCAAUAGCAACCCAUUCAAAGGAUUUAACCAAAGCAACAACAUAUUUAGCAGCAACAAGGGUAAUGAAAGCAGCUUGUUCAGGAAGAGCAGCAACACCACCCCGUCUAGCGGCGCCAACCUGUUUGGCAGUACCACUCAGUCUAGCGGCACCAAUCUGUUUGGCAGCACCGCCCCGUCUAGCGGCACCACCCCGUCUAGCAGUACCAACCUGUUUGGCAGUACCACUCAGGCUAGCGGCACCAACCCGUUUAGCAGUACCACCCAGUCAAGCACCUCCAACCCGACUAGCACCACCAACACAUCCGCGGCGACGUCUCUCUUUGGAGGUUCGCUAAGCAAUAAUUCGAUCCAGCACCCCCCCGGAAAUAGCACCGUGCCAAAGUUCACCAACGCCUUUUCUGGAGUUCUGAACGCGCAAGAUAACUCCAGCGCCACGUGCGCGAACCCCAGCGGUAACAAUCCCCUGUCGGGGAGCCUAUUUGGAAUGAAGAGCAGCCUAACUAGCAGUAACACCUUUGGCAGUCCAAACAGUGGUACCCUAGGCAAUCAAACCGCUUCUACCAUUGGCAAUCAAACUACUGCUACCCUUGGCAACAGUCUUAUGAACAACCUGUCGAAUCAAACGACCAGCAUUUUUAAUCCCAAAAAUAACUCCUCAUCGGAAACGUCAAACAUGAACCUCUCCUCCAGCAGUAACAGCCGCAUCUUUGGUUUCGAGAAAAAUACACAAGGCACUUCCCUCUUUGGAAAUGCCGCGGGGAAGAACCAAAGCAAAGGUCUCUUUCCCUUUGGAAAUAACAGUCAAGUUGGGAACCAGGACAAGGACAGUAUGCAGUUGGGUUCCUCUUCUGGAGGUAACCCUAUGUCUAUUUUUGGCCAAAAGAGCAAGGGAGAUUCGACCUUUUCGCUCAUGCCAGGGGGGGGUACCUCGGCUAGCAGCAUUGGCGGGGGGAGCGGCUUAGGCGGCACCAACACCCUUAGCGGGGGUAGCGGCUUGGGCGGUACAAACACCUUUGGGGGGUUCGGACGGGGAGGCGGCGCAAGCGGCGGAAGCCUCAUGAACAGCGGCACAGGCGUGUCGUUGAAGCCGAGCCCCGGUUUUCAGGGCGCCCUUGGUGCUCAGAAGGAGGGAUUUUUUGGGGGCGCCAAGCCGAACGAGAACAUUUUCGGCACGAGUGGCGCGGGCACAGGCGCAGGCGCGGCCGCCAACCAGACCAACAUUUUUGGGAUGCAGCUCAGCAGCGCCGCCAACCACAGUCCGUUUAGCAAGGCCGCCGGCGGGAUUGGCGGGAUUGGCGGGAUUAGCGGGAUUAGCGGGAUUAGCGGCAGUGUCAGCGGCAAUGCGAGCGGGAGUAUUGGCGGAAAUGUGAGCGGAAGUAUUGGCGGCAGUCUCGGGCUGAAUGGCCCCCCCGGGGGCGCGGGCGGCUCCCUCGGCUUCGGCUCCAGUCUGGCCCCAACCCCAGGCGCGACCAUUGGCAUGGGGAAUAACCUGUCGCAGGGCAACCCAAGUGGGCCGCACUUCCAACCGAUGGGCACAACCCCAAGUGCAAACAACUUGGCGAACCUCUUUAACAGCGAAAGUGGUUCGAAGGAGUUAUUCAAAGAUUUGAAGCUUUCCACGGAUACGGGACAAAAGUUUAGUGUAAAUAAAAAGCCGCUUUUCUCGAAGAGGGUGAAGAACAAUACUCUCCUAACCCCCAACAGUAACGCAAAUCCAGAAAAUAAUAUUUUCAGUUCAAAUUAUGUGAAUAAGGAUAGCUUGUUGAUUAACCAGGAUAAACCCAUGAAGGUUAUUUUUGGGCAGAACAAGAGUAGCAGCGCGGUGGAUCCUCCCCCCCCCGUAGGAGGAGCGGGUGCGCCCCCUCUGGGAGGUACAAACUUGUUUGGAAGCACCAUCAGCGGGAGUACCAUCAGCGGGAGUGGAGGCAUAAACGACAGUGGCAGUAACAACCAGGAGAAGGCCAAUAACCUCUUUAACCAAAGCAGCAAUCAGAUGGGAAACAAAAUUACCUUCAACGCAGCUUCGAGCAGCAGCAUGGGGCAGAGCAAUAGCACCACCACCACCUUUGGGAAGAGCACCGGCAGUAACCUGUUCGGAAGCAGCAGCAGUAAUUUAUUCCAGAGCGGCACGAACAAUCUCUUCGGAAAUAAUCAACCCAGUGGAAGUACAAACAGUAGUAACAAUAAUAAUAAUAAUAAUAACCCCUUUGGAGGGAGCCCCUUUUUCACCCCCCCAGAUGGAACCAAAAAUGAUCCCCACAAUAACAACCCCGGUUUGGCUAUUCCAGUGAAAAAAUUAACACUCGAGGAGAGGAAGAGGAAAACAGCCAAAAGUAAUAUGCUCUCUUUGUUUUCGAAUAACAAAAUGGGGACCUCCACGGAUACGAAUAAUGCGGUUGACACUUCCCUGGGUGCGUCCUUGUCGAAUGGUUUGCUUGGCAAUAGAAGUUCGACGGGCGCCAACCCCUUCAGUUUUAGCAGCACUUCGGUGGAUAGCGUCUCCAAGGGGGGCACCUCCGCCAACACCGCUACCGCUACCACGGCCAACGAUGCGCCCGGUGGUACCUCCCUGUUUGGGCAGAACAGAGGCACCGGCAGCAACAGCGUCGCACUGGGCGCGCCGCAAACAACUUGGGGCGACAAAAAAGCAUCCAUCUUCGGCUCAGCCACGUCUGCCUCAAAUGAAGGAAGUGGUGCCGCCGCUAACGCAGCGAAUAAGGAGGGAAAUGGAGACACCACCGCGACCACGCCCUCAACGAACCCCAUCAGUGGUAAUAACCCCAAUGAGAAAGGCACCUUCCAGACAGGCAUGAAGAGCAGUUUGUUUCCCUUCGCUUUAAACAAGACGGGGGAAAACACCACCGCAACGACGGAGAAGGAGAAACCCAAAAGUGGAAUAUUCGGUUUUGGAUCUCUAGAAGUAAAGGGCGAGCAAAAGGAGGAGCCAAAGGGGGGGGAUAAAAAUGACCUCCCAGAGAAAGACAAAGGAGGUGAAGACAAAUUGUCUAGGAAAAACGAAAAAGACAACUUUCAAGUUUUUGGCAGUGCAUUUGUAUCGUCUAUAAAUGGGCAGAAUAAAGAUGCGAGUGCUAAAGGAAAUGAUUCUGUUCCUUCCCCUUUCGGCUUUGGCAAAACAAAAAUGGAAGAAAAUAAAACGAGCGCUUCUCCCUUCGUUUUUCCAUCGAAUAAGGAAGACAGGAGUUCGACGCCCAUUUUUGGCCUUCCCAGCAAAACGUCGUCCUUUAACGAAUUGCAGACGGGGGAGGAGAAAAACAAAACGUCCGUUUUUUCCGUCGGGGGGGAGAGCAAGCAGGGGGACCUUUCCGGUGCGCAGCCCGAGCGAUCCGACGUGUUUAAGUUUAGCGCCACUGGGGUGGGCACUGACGGAAGCGCGGUUGGUGCGAAUGUGGGCGGCUCGUUUGGGAGCGGCGCGUUUGGAAGCACCCCGUUUGGGAGUGCCCCUUUUGGAGGUGCCCCCUUUGGAAGUGCCGCCCCCAAGACAGGCUCCCUGUUCGGCGGCCCAGUGGAAAGCGGCGCAAACGUUAGCGACCACAUAAACUACGACGAUGUGAAGAACAGGAAGAGGAGGAGGAACGUAGACAUGGAGGACCAGGACGAAGCGGCCAAGUCGAAGGGGAGAGACUCCACAGAUGAGACGAAUCAGUGGGGGGGUGACAACUCGAGGAGGAAAGGACCGAGUGGAAGCCAUUUUGGUGAUGAAAAAAACGAUGAAUUAAGCACCGACAGUUUGUUCUUCAAAAAGAGCAAAUUGGGGAGCGCCCUAAAUGAUACCAAAAAUAUUUUAAACACGUUAAAAUUUGAUAACAUCCCAAGCAAGGACAUGCUAAGUGCGUCUCUUAACGAAACGAGUUUAAGUGCCCGAGAGAACAACUUAAUCGAGAGGGGGGUUCUGAAUGUUAGCGCUUCUCCAUGGGAUAGCAAAGAGGAGGGAGGCAGUCCGACAAAGGAUAAAACUGGGAGUGGUAUGCCGUCCAGUGGGUUUUUCCCCCCCACAGGAGGUGAUGCCUCCCAUUUUGGCCUCCGAAAUACGCUGAGUAACCAGCUAACCGCAGAGACGAACAAUACAAGCGGUGGACCAGCACCUUUUAAGCAAUCGAGUGAACCGAACCAUGGAAGUAUGGAAGAAUCGAAUCUGCCAUUUGGCACUCGUGAGGGGAACCACUUUUUGGACGACCAGGCGAAGAAAGGAGCGAAACAGGACGAACUGAAUGACCAGGAAAGAUUAAAAAUGAAUAACUACCUGAUGCGGGAGACGAACGAUGGAGGUAGUGACGUGGAUGGUGACCUGGAUCGUGAUGGAAAGGAAGGCAAAAAUGCGAAGAAGGACCACUUGGUGACGGACAAGAAAAGCCUAAAUCGAAUUGUAGCGUAUAACAAGAGAAUAUCUUUCGAUGAUAUAGAAGUGGACUUAGACAAAGACGUCAUCGACUUGAAUGACUUGAGACAGAAUCUAUUUUUGUGUGUUCUAAAUUUUCACUUAAAUUACUGGGCGGAGAAAGUUAUCCUCUUCUACCCCCACAAUGAAAAAAUUAACAAAUUUUGUAAUCGCAUUAUGAAGAUAAAGAACGAAUUUGAUGAAACGUAUAACUUUAACCUAUUUGAGCAAAUCCACAUGUUAGCGAAAAAGAUGCUGAAGAGGAUAGACCGCAACUGCUGCAUCUACGAAAGUGUGCUGUUCCUUUCGGCCGAGAAUCUCUACGUCCUGAAGAACGCCAAGCUGUCUCUGUUCGAGGCCUUCAACGUAUAUCACUUUUGGUUUCAAAGAAAUAGCCUCGAUGUGAAAAAAAACUUCCAGAAUUUUAUGUACACCAAUAAGAUUUACCCCUCCUACUUGAACUACUAUAUGAAUCUUUAUAAGAACCACAAGUCGUUUAAUUAUAAGUACACGCAGGGGGGGGGAGAGACCGAGGGGAAGCGCAAGGGAAGUGCAAAGAAGAAGAAGAUGAAGCAGCUGGACCAGGAGGGGGAACGCGGCAGCGACUCGGCCAGCAACUCGGCGAGCAAUUCGGCCAGCAACUCGGCGAGCAAUUCGGCGAGCAAUUCGACGGACCGGGAGGAGCCGAACGGCAGUGCCGGCUCGUCGGGCAGCUCGGCGCGCCCCCGCGACGGCGACUCCAGCAGCCAGGGGGAGGCGGACAGUGAAGGAAGCGGCGCAGGGAGUAGCGGUAGAAGUAGCGGUAGAAGUAGCGGUAGAAGUAGCGGUCGAAGUAGCGCCCGAAGUAGCUCCCGAAGCUGCCGUGGAGGCAGGCGCGCGAAGAGGAAGGGCAGGGCCAGGAAGGGGAGCGCCGAGCGCAAGGAGGACAGCCUGAUCGAAAUCCUCAACUCGAACAGCAGCGACGUGUCGGACGUGAUGGACAACGGCAACAAGGAGGAGCCCCUGAACAUGCACAUCAAGGAGAAGUACCUCUAUCUGUCUAAGGGGAAGGCCAGAAAGAACAAACUCUUCCUGCCCUCGCACAUAAGGGUUAAGAAGCUCAGUGCAUGCGAGUGCAUACUGCUGGAACUUAUCCUCAAGAGAGACAUACUCAACGUUUUAAAGAAGUACAAAAUUUUUAAAACGGAAAAAUAUGAAUACCUCUAUGUGAACCUCAUAGCAAUGUUGAAGCAUUAUAAUUAUUUCUCCCUAGAGAAGGAGAAUGAAAUAAGUAAGAGCUCCACCUCCACCAGCGCAACGGUGAGUGGAGUUGCCGGUGAAGCGGGUGAAGCCCACACCGGUGAUGCUGGUGCGGGAACAUCUCUCCCCCCGUUGGGCCAGAACAAACCGAACAGCCAGUUGAAGAAGCUAUCAAACCAUCUGACCUCAAAUUGUAUGAACACAAAAAAUGAUAAAAUUAAUAUCCUCAAAAAGAUAUGCGAUAGGAAUUUGCUAUACUACAUAAACAUGCAGUUAAAGAACAUUACCCACUUGAUAAGCUUCAACGAAAUGGAAAUCGCCUGCGUGUACCUGAAUCAUAUAAAAAAUAAUUUGUAUGUCAUGUUCCAGAUGCCUAUUCUUCUCUACAAUACCCUCUUCGACAGAAUCAUCACCUCGUAUAAUGACUACAUCGUAAUGGAAAACUUCUUCAACAACUCUUGCCUGUAUAACGACUUUCGCUAUGAAAAUAUUUUCAAAACGAAGGUUGCCUAUAUGCUCAUGAAGAAAUUUUUCCACUUAGACGACACGGAGAACUGCAUUCGAUUCGCCCUCUACUUUGAGAGCAUUCGCACAAAGGCUCCACGAAAUAACAUCUACAAUGAUUAUAUUUUUCAUAAAAACUUGGUGAGUGCCUACAUCAAGGUGCAUGAAGAUAUCGUGCCGGAGGAGUGGAUCCAGGCGCAGACUUCCAACAACAGCGAGCUGAGCGACCUGCACGACUCGGAAUACCUCGACUACUACUCCUUCUUCUUCAAGGACAUCUCCAAGUAUAUAAAGUUCCACAUCAUGCAGAAGAUCGUCUGCGGCAACAUUUUCAGCCUGCGCAGGCGGGACUACACGAACGCGCAGGAGGGGGGUAGCGGCGUGACCAGCGGUGUGGUUAGCGGUGUGGUUAGCGGUGGGGCUAGCGGCGGGGUUAGCGGUGGGGCUAGCGGCGCUGCAGGUGGCGAGGCGAGUGAAGUAACCGCUGGAAUGACCAGCGGCGCGAACGCCCCCGCCGGGGAGACGACCCCCCCGCAGAGCGCCUGCGAAGACAACUUCGCGUGCUACUUCGUAUACAUGGUGAACCGCUCCAUCCUGGACGACCUCAUCAACCUGUACGCGUCCAAGGGCGACUACUUCUACAAGAGAAUCUCAGCCACCCUCAUCAACAGCUCCUUCGUAAAGGAAUACGAAAAGACGCACAACAAACAUUUCCACAUGCACGUUCAGGUAGCCAAUAUAAACCACUUUAUGAAAACGAACUUUUUCGAAUACAUCAAUUUUUUCAAAAAAAAAGAACUCUACCACAUCGAUAAGACGAAAAAUGAAGAUGAAAUUAUGCAGAACUUAGUUAACGUUAUAAAAGGAAAUGGAAAAAAAAUUGUCCUAGUGAUUAACAUGCUCGUCGAAAUUAUUACCAAAAUGGAAAAAAAAGUUUUGAAGAAUGUCAACAUUUUUAUUACCAUCAAUUUGAGGAACUUAAUCAUCGACACUUUUUACCUCUUCAAGUACAUUUUCAACAAUAAGGAGUUUUCCCUCCACUUGGUGGAGGACAUGUACAGGAACGCCGUCACCUUUAAUGACCUUAUCAACUCCACCUUCUCGGACGACGUGCACUACUACCCCCGGGAGCAAAUAAAGGAGCUUUACACCUACAUCCGCCACAAGUUUACCAACCAAAAUUUGAUCGCCUGA